AUGUCUCAGGCCAUCUACCCCAUCAAGUACCAGGGCAACCUGAAAGAGUUUACCAUUCGAGGGCUGGAGCUUCCGGCCGACUUGUACAGCAUAGACGACGAAAGGAUCUCAUCCGCACUGGGCUACACUGCCCACCUGGUCUGCAUGCUGGCCAAGUACCUCCAGAUUUCGCUGCGGUAUCAGGUCAUCUACAACGCCUCUAGGUCUGCCGUCCGAGACAACGUCACCGGGGUGGGCGUAGCCUACCCGCUGUUCAGGAGAGGGGUAGAGAAGGAGAGGUUUGACCGCGGCGUGUAUCUGCUCGGGCGAGACGUGGAGCAGAUUUUGACGGCCAGAGGGGUGCCGGCGAAGAGAGGCGGCGGCCAACUGCUGCGAAACCUGGAGCGCCUCAUGUCGAUCGACGGAGCGUAG